AUGAUUAGUGCUCUUUCUUACAAUAUCAUAGGCCUGGGAAGCUCCACUAAGGAAAAUGAUAUCAGAGAAAUGGUGAGGAAAGAAAAAAUUGAUUUUUGUUUCAUUCAGGAGACGAAGGCGGAAAACCAUUCAAAGAUUGAGAAGCUUUCCUUAUGGGGUGUUGACUGCUCGGAGAUGGCAGUUCGUUGUGCCAAAGGAAGAUCCGGAGGAAUUUUGAGCACCUGGAAUAAAGAUCGCUUCGCGGCCUCCAGUUCAUGGGACAUCCCAGGAGCGGUUAUCGUGAAUGGCAUCUGGAAGUCGGGUAAUCUCCUCUGUUGUUUCGUAAAUGUUUAUGCCCCUAUUGAUUGUUCUGAUAAGGUCUCCUUAUGGGAGACGCUUAAGGAAGUUGUGGCCCAAAAUAAAGAAAAAUGUUUGGUAUUAGCUGGGGACUUUAACUCUGUCAGAAAGGAGGAUGAAAGGGCUGGUAGAGGAGGCAGCUAUGGUAGAAAGGAUAUGAGACGUUUUGAUGAAUUCAUUAGAGAAAGUAUGCUGGUUGAAAUUCCGACCCCAGGUAGAAAAUUCACUUGGUAUCAGGCUAGCAGAGGGUGUAAGAGCAGAUUAGACAGAAUUCUCGUCCAUGACCAAUGGCUUCGCUACUGGCCAGCCACGGCCGCAAAGUGUCUUCCAAGAACCAUUUUCGAUCACUGCCCAAUCAUCUUCUCUACAAAAAAGGUGGAUUGGGGGCCAAGACCAUUCCGCUUCAUCAAUGCGUGGAUGAGUCACCCGGAUUUCAAACAGCUCAUUCAAAGUUCGUGGAAUGAAAAGGAGAUCAACGGAUGGAGCUAUUUUGUGUUCAAAGAAAAACUGAAAUUUUUGAAGCAGGUGUUAAAAGGGUGGAACAAGACUUCGUUCGGGGACAUCGAUCAUAAUAUCCAAGUUCUCAAAGAUGAAAUCCUUCACUGGGACACAAUGGAUGACGUCUUUGGUCUUGAAGAUCAUGAGAACAUUUGCAGGAACGAAGCCAGAGCAAAACUUUUGUGCCAGACAAGAAACAAAAAUGACCUGCUGAGACAAAAGGCUAGGAUCAGGUGGCUUCAAGAGGGAGAUCUAAACACAAAGUUCUAUCAUAGGUGUGUGGUGGGAAUGAGAUGA